CAGAGGAGCUGCUUACUGCAUCGCGGGGGAGGAAGUACUGUAUACACCAGGACAUAAGAGGGGAAGAAAAAGAAGGGGGGAAUAAGAAAAAGAAAACCAGAUAGCUCUUCAUCACUCCACACUUCCGUGCAGUGGGAUAGCGUUGGGGAAAUACCCGGGUGAGAGGACGCGCGCGCGCUCUGCUGGAUCCCCGCUGCGCUUAAUUUUUUGCUUCUAUUGCACCGGGUGUACCUCUAACUCUUUUGGAUGGAUCCAACCUAAAAGUAAAGGUAAAGAGGAAGUCGAGUUAAGAGGUCGCAAAUCGAGUGCCAGUCUUUUACUUCCAGUUUGAGUUAUUUGACGGCAGAAAAAAAAAAUGGAGAACACAUACAGUGAGAGAACUUCUCUUUCCCGUGGCGCUCGAGAUAUCGCCAAAGAAGCCAAGCGACAUGCGGUCAAAAAGGUCAACAAAGCCAUAGACAGGGCAACGGAUGAAUACUCAGGCCGCACGUAUCAUCGGUUCGAAAACGACGAUGAAGACGAGGGCGGAGAUGAGAACCGCUAUUACAACCAGGACGGUCAGGCGCACCAACACGAGGACGAUGAAGGAUCCAGUGACGCCACUGAAGGCCAUGACGAUGAAGACGAGAUCUACGAGGGAGAGUACCAGGGGGUUCCUGGCACCGGGGACGGACAGGUGGCUAUGGGGCGGCCGGUAGCUGAUGGUACGAAGGACAGGAAAGAGCUGGAGAAGGAGCGUGAGGCGGAGGAGGAGGAGCUAGCACAGCAGUACGAGUUGAUCAUCCAGGAGUGCGGACACGGGCGCUUCCAGUGGCAGCUCUUCUUCGUACUGGGGUUGGCGCUCAUGUCCGACGGCGUGGAGGUUUUCGUGGUUGGGUUUGUGUUGCCUAGCGCCGAGACGGACAUGUGUGUGCCCAACUCUGGAGCAGGGUGGCUGGGUAGUAUUGUGUACCUGGGGAUGAUGGUUGGAGCAUUUUUCUGGGGCGGUUUGUCGGAUAAAGUGGGCCGGAGGCAGUGUUUGCUGGUGUGUAUGUCCGUGAACGGCUUCUUCGCCUUCCUGUCCUCGUUCGUGCAGGGAUACAGCACCUUCCUCUUCUGCAGGAUGCUCUCAGGAUUUGGGAUUGGAGGGGCUGUGCCCAUCGUGUUCUCGUACUUUGCCGAAUUCCUGGCGAGGGAGAAGCGUGGCGAGCACCUGAGCUGGCUCUGCAUGUUCUGGAUGAUAGGCGGCAUCUACGCUUCGGCCAUGGCAUGGGCUAUUAUCCCUCAUUACGGCUGGAGUUUCAGCAUGGGCUCAGCGUAUCAGUUCCACAGUUGGAGAGUUUUUGUGGUCGUCUGCGCAUUACCGUGUGUCUGCGCAGUCGUCGCUCUUACCUUCAUGCCAGAAAGUCCACGCUUUUUUCUGGAGACGGGGAAACAUGACGAGGCGUGGAUGGUGCUGAAACAGAUCCACGACACUAACAUGCGUGCACGCGGAGAGCCAGAGAAGGUUUUUACUGUGAACCGUAUAAAGAUCCCUAAACAGUUGGACGAGUUUGUUGAGAUGCAGUCUGAGUCUGCAAACCCUGUGGCUAAAGUCCUUUUCCGAAUCCGGAGCGAACUCCGUGGAAUAUGGCUAACGUUCCUAAAGUGCUGGGAUUACCCUGUGAAAGACAACACGGUGAAACUUGCCAUCGUAUGGUUCUCUCUGUCGUUUGGGUACUACGGUCUUUCAGUGUGGUUCCCUGAUGUAAUAAAGCACCUCCAAGCGGAUGAAUAUGCAUCAAGGGUAAAGAUCCACAACAACGAGCGCAUCGAAGACUUCACUUUCAACUUCACGCUGGAAAACCAGGUGCACUCCAACGGGUUCUUCAUCAACGACAGGUUCAUCAGCAUGAAGUUUAAAUCGGUCACCUUUAAAGAUUCCAUCUUCCAGAACUGCUACUUUGAAGAUGUCACUUCAAUCGGGACUUUCUUCAAGAACUGCACCAUCCUGGACACGUUCUUCUAUAAUACAGAUAUCGACGACUCAAAAUUUAUCGGCUCCUCGGUGAUCAACAUCACAUUUGCACACAAUAAGACGGGCUGCCAGGUCACAUUCGAUGAUGACUACAGUGCCUACUGGGUGUACUUUAUUAACUUCCUAGGAACCCUGGCUGUUUUGCCAGGUAACAUAGUCUCCGCCUUGCUGAUGGACAAAGUCGGGCGGUUGAGCAUGCUGGGAGGAUCGAUGGUUCUCUCCGGUAUUAGUUGUUUCUUCCUGUGGUUUGGCACCAGCGAGUCGAUGAUGAUCGCAAUGCUCUGCCUCUAUAACGGCCUCAGCAUAUCCGCCUGGAACUCCCUGGAUGUAGUCACAGCCGAGCUGUAUCCCACCGACAGGAGGGGAACCGGAUUCGGGUUCUGUAAUGCCAUGUGUAAGUUAGCAGCCGUGUUGGGGAACCUGAUCUUCGGCUCAUUGGUGGGCAUCACUAAAGCAAUUCCCAUCCUCCUGGCAUCGGGCGUGCUGGUGGGCGGCGGCCUCGUGGGACUACGACUCCCAGACACGCGUGCCAACGUCCUCAUGUGACCCCCAAACUCCGUCCACUCCUCUCCGAACGGACUGUUGCCACGGAAACAAGAAGGACACUCCGGGUUGGGGCAGCUGCACCAGGCGACAACAUUGUCUGAUUAUUUAUUGAGUUGUACACUCAGUGUUAGAUCGUUAAUUUGCUGGGGUUUUUUUCAUUAAAGCUGCAGUAUGUAACAUCCAGAAAAUUGGAGAAAUAUUUUAGUCACAUUUAAUGACACUGUUUUGCCUUUUAAGAUGAUUCUGGGUCAGUUUCUGGCUUCACACCGACAGUUUUAUAAAUAGCAGCUGAACCUUAUUUCCCGUGCCUAAUACAAUGGCGUCGAUUUGCGAUGAUGUAUAAAUCUUAAAAAAAAAAAAAAAAACAAUUGCAAAAUGGACCUUUCAGUUUCUCGAGACUGUCGAAAUUUGCACACGUUUUUAUUUCCUUUUUUUAUUAUGAGCACAAAAAAAGUUACUCACUGCAGCUUUAAUAUGGAGUCAUAUUUAUUGAUAUUUAUCGGGGAAAAAUUGCAAUCUCGACCAAAUUCUGCAAAAAGGUUCUAGAAUAAUCGAACAGUGCCGAAAGCAGAAGCUGAGAUGAAUAUAUCACUUUGUUCAUUGUUAAAACAGAGAUACGGGAAUCCUUUAUAUGUAUAACAAUAUUCCUUUUAAAUGAUGAUCAUUAUUUUAAGAUGGACGAUGUUUUUCGGCUUUGAGUCGAUCCGAGGCAAUCGAGACCAACGGCGGCUACUCCUCUCAGUGUAGGCAGAAAAGAAAUUCAGAUUAAAUUAGGUUUUUUUCCUAAUUAAAGCGGAAGACAUUUUAAAGCAGCGAUAAGGCUUUCGUCUUCGUUCUCGUCUUUGUGAACUUUGUCGUGUGGUUAAUCGACGCUUUUUUGCAAGGGCUUGCCUUCGUAGUGUGUGUAGUUAUAUUUAUUUCAAUUCGCCGUGUCGGUUUUAUCCGUCUCUCUCCCUUUUUUUUGCUUCCUCCUCGAACCCGAGUCUGCAUGCACGCCUGUUCGUGUACGUGUGACGGCCCUUGCUGCGAUUCUGUCGCGUUUCUCACUCAUGCUGCUGUGCGUUUCGUCUCCUCGAAUCACGGAAUGGCCUUUUUCUCUCGAUACCGUGCCUCUUUCGCCCUCUGUCCAUCUGCCUCCUGCACGUCAGUAUCUCAUCCCCUUUCUGUGUGUGUGCGCGAGUUUCCUACUUGCUUUUUCACCUGUAAGUCAUUCGGAUCAGACGUAAGGCCUAUUUCUUGACCCUAAAAGAGUGACAGAUCAGCUGAUCAGGAAGACUUCAUGGAAGGUGUCUUGAAAGCAUGACUAAUUUUAGCUGAAUGUUUGAAGGAAGCAGGAGGUUCUCCUGGAACUGUAAGGUUCUCACCUAAGAAGCUUCUGAAAAAAGUUACAGUACUGUAGGUGUCGCUAAAACGCUGAGAAUGACUGUGGGUGUGGUCUUCCUCUGGUCUUCGGUAUGUCACACCUUUUUGGCGCCAUCUAGCGUUGGAACAAGCAGCACACAACUGCGCACACCUGAACUGGUUCUUCUACACAUUGGCUGCUAUCGUGUUUGGAUCAGACGUUGAUGUUUCUUUUGAUGAAUUUAUAAAUGUGCCAUAUGACAUUUGCAAUACCGUACAGGGUUGAUUUAUUUUAUUUUAUUUUUAAUCUACUGUCUUUUUUUUUUACAUUGAUAAGUGAAUGUUGUGCAGAAAUAUAUUGUAUUAUAUAUAGAACGGCCUUGUUUUUUAUUUUUUUUAAUUUUGUGUACCUUUUUUGGUGGAUUAGAUUUCCCAUUUGUGGUGAUCAAUACGUCUUUUUAAAUGUGCAUUUUUUUUUUUUUACAUUUUUGUUAAUUUUUUAUAGCACAAAUGAACGAUCCUGACGUAUUACAGUGACGUUAUUUUAGCAUUUAGACCAAAACCAAAAGCACAUUUAUACGAGUGCUCAGUAUCUCUGCACAUGUUUGUACACGUUUUUUUUUUCCUUUUCUCUACCUGGUUCGAAUCACCUGUGUUUUUAUUGUAGAUUACCACACAAGUGGAAGCUGAAACCAGGAUCAGUUACGGUUCAUUCAUGUGGCAGCUCAACACAAUCCAUCCACCUGCCCCUUUUCAUCUCUCCAUCAUUGAGCAAACACAAAAAUAAACCAACACAGCACAAACACAACUCAAACUCCAACACAAAAUAAUACUACUACUACUUAUCAUCAUCAUCAUCAUAAUGUUGUCUUUAAACCGGCUAUUGCAUGCGUGUUAUGGAGAUUUCUCUCUGUGUUUGUUGUGUCACAUCUCCAAAAUAAAUGGAGUAGAAAUAAUAACGAUAAUAAUAAAGGUGUGUAUGAUUUUGGUGAUUUGUUGUGUAUGAUGUAUGAUGUGACUGAGUCUCUGAGGAUGUUGUGGCUCGGCUUCUAUAGAGUUUAUUAAAUAUGUGUAAAAUCUUCGGCCAAAUCUUUCCUCUGGAUAUUCUGGAUUUAUUUUGAAGAGAAAAAGUCAGUGUGAAACUUCAGGAGUGAAACCGAAGUGGAUUCGGUUUUGGAUCCGUUUGAACUGAAAUAAAAAAAUUAUAUCUAAAGAA